CAUAUAAUGGGCGACAUUCUAACCCUAGAGGGUGCGGCGGUCAAAAAGGAACAAUCAGAUAAUGAGUCUGGUGUGAAAACUGAGGAAGAAGAAGAUCAGAAGUCGUUUGAGACCCUCGAUGAAUGCUUCAAAACGAUGUUGGGCAUGUCUAAAGGCCGGCUUGUAAAUAACUUCUGGAGCGGUAAUGUUGAAGAGAACGAACUUCUGCAAUUCAAAGCGGCACGUGAUUCAGAAGGGAGCGGUUCUCGUCCGGAUCCCUCAAAAUUUUUCCGCAUGGGAAACCCAUGCGAUGACAACAGUUUUAGCAAGUACAACAAUCUUUUCGUUGAACAUAAAUAUGGUGAACAUCCUACAACAAAGAAGAAGAUCGUUGACAAGAAGAAAUACCUCUGCACCAAGUUUUCUUUGAUGGAAGAUGGAGAAUGGGCGUUCGAAUGGUCUAUAGCAAAAGGACAUACUUUGUAUGGCAGUGAAAAAUUGCAAACGCUAUAUGUCGCGUGGACCAUUGGGAAGCUUUUAAGAAAAAUUCCCACGGAAUUGAUGCAACGGAAAUGGCCAACUGUGUAUGCCGAUUUUAAGAAGGAACUUGAUCAACCAAACACCUCUUGGAAAAAGCUUCGGGAACUUUUGCUUCGCUUAGAAUGUGGAAUGAGGCGCACUCUUUUUUUACCGCAGUGGUGGAACAAUCUUGGACAUACCAGACUCACUCGAACGACCAUUGAAGAUAGGGACCGCAUGAUGAGGGAGGCCCAACGAAGAAAGAAAGAGGAACGGGAAGCUGUGGAUGUGGAAGAUGAAGAUAUCAUCAUUGUGAAACAUUCAAGAAUCCCUCAUGGUAUUAGCAGAGAACUCACUCGAAUGCGGGACGAGAAGUAUCGUCUUUAUGGUAAGGGGGAAUUGGGCGGAUGGUUGUGGAUUUCGCGGACCUUAGUCAGAAAAAUUCAUGAGACGCCACCACCUUUCGUUGUUGGAAAACAGCGGCAAAACACGAUUGGUAGCGGCAAGAAGCUGUCUUCUGUUGAUAUGCUAGCAUCUAAACUAAUGGAGUGGAGGUCGCGGCAGGAAGCAGCAAAUAUGCAGAAGAACUGCGUAUGUUACUCGCCCAGUUGUCGCAUAGGCAUCCCUCCAAGACCGGUUUGUUCUAAUGACGCAAGUGCUGGCUAUCAGUCUUGUUACUCGCAAGAGUGUCGACAGAAAGAAUUAGAGGUGGAUGGAUUGUUGGAAGUGAAUCCUCCCUGUGCAUCUUUACGCCCCUCAACAAGCACUUCGGCAGUUGUCAAGGCAUACGACCCCACAAAAAUUCGUGAGCCGCGCAAAGGAGUUUUGGGAGAGGAUCUGCCAUGGCCUUUGCCGGAAGUCAAUCACUUCGUGGCUAAGGGAUCGAAGCGCACUAGCAUUUUCGUUUUGCCACAAGUCACUCUUCGGCGGUUAGCAAAAACAGGUGGACGAAAGGCAAUUUAUGUGCCGAGCUUCUCUACCACUGCGAAGGGUAAUUUGCAGUAUUGGAAUUAUCCAACUCCCCGUCCAUGUUUUGAUCUUUGUUGGAGAUGGUUAACCGUGAACUGUGCGUCGCUACAUGCUGUUGCGCUCCAGCUGCGAAUACUUUGGGCUUCAAUACGAUGGCAAGACAUGAAACCAGAAGAUGAUGAUCCUGAUAGGCGUAUCGUCACUCAUUUUCCCGAUCGUGAUGAACGCAGAUGGAUAACUUCACACAAGGAGUAUGCACCGCCAUGCAUCUACGAAAGGUACCGUAUCUCUAUUGAAGUGUUACCUCUAGAUGACGACAAAGAAAUUGAAGAAGAGGACGACAUAUCAUGGACAAGCGGCGAAAGGGCUGAGAGGAGAAAGAGCACAAGGAGAAAAAAACCCAUUCAUUCAUCGAGUAUUCAGCGAGUUAGUCAUUUGAAGGAAGAAUGGGUUGAUGGAGUAGAUCUUAAACUGCAUGAGAUAUAG